AUGCCAGAGAACGGCAAAGACGUGAAGUCUGAAGCGCAAGACGACAAGGAAAAGCGCGACAAGACCGAGAAUAAUGGCGGCCAUGCCCACUCGGCCAAGAGCCCCAAGAAACGCCGCAAGGUCAACCACGUUGCGCGCUUCGUCCGCCGGAGCUCCCUUGAGACUGCGAUUGCAGCUGCUGCAGCGACUCUCUCGGUGCCGCAAGUCGUGCGGAAGCACCAGCUAAUAUGCAUCAAGCGCAAUAUUGGCCACCUCUGCCACGAUGAGCCCCGCGACGCCGAUUCCAAAAAGGCCAAGAGCUCUCACGCGCCAUCCGCAGUUGAUGAGUCCGAGACGACGCAAUCCGAGCUCACGAGAAGCUCCAUCGACCAAUCCGCGACCGGGUCCAUGGGCCCGCCGCCCCCUUUCGACCGCAAGGCGUCUGCUUUUGGCGCCGCCGUACUGGGGCAGGGGAACCCGCUGCACCUCGUGUCCCCGGGGGCAGGCACCGGCAUGGCGGGAAACGGCAGCAAUAUGAACCAAUUCGCUGGAUUCUCUGAUGCCUGGUUGACGGCCCAGAAUCACUACCACGACAUGCAAAGCUAUCACCCCAACAACUACUUGAUCGCCCCCGAAGUCACGCACGAGUUCAACCUGCUGAAUGACUUCCUGCAGACCAGCUUACUGGACGACGGCGGCAUCGUCUCCGACGAGUCCCAAAACAGCCCCGCCUUCAGCAGGACCGCGGGCGCCAACGACAUGCUGCCGACGUUUGGGAGCCACAACGGUAAUAACCGGGCCGGUGCUGGCAAUGGCAACAACGCGCUUUCGCAAAUGCUGCCUCCACAGAACCUGGAGCAGGGCAAGGCGAUAUCACGGCCAGGUAGCAUCGUCCAGGGCGACAAAGACAAGGCGCGCGAAUACUACCUCCAGGCGGCCGAUCCGUCAGGAAAUGACACCCCCGAGGAGCGUAUGGACCGUGUAUUGAAGGCCAAGUACGAGGCUGGUCUGCUGAAGCCUUUCAACUAUGUCAAGGGCUACGCGCGACUGGGCACGUACCUGGAUGGCCACAUCGCUGCAUCGUCGAAACAAAAAAUUCUGCGAACGAUUGAUCGAUUCCGACCCAAAUUCCGAGAAAAGGCGCAAGCUUUGACGGAUAUGGAACUGCUCUACGUGGAAAUGUGGUUCGAGAAACAACUCAUGGAGUACGACCGUGUAUUUGCCAGUAUGGCAGUACCAGCGUGUUGUUGGAGAAGAACUGGAGAGAUCUUCAGAGGCAAUAACGAGAUGGCGGAACUUCUCCACGUUCCCGUCGAGAACCUGCGCGACGUACGUGUUCUGGUCAUUCUAAGCAUUUGA